CUCAGAGCAGCCAUUCAUCAUGAGCGCGAUCGAAAUCGUGAAUCCAGCAAUAUGUGGCGACUGUUCGGACGGUCUGCCGAUGGACCAGCCAAGGAGUCUGCGCCGCGGGGCCUCCCAGCCUCGUGGUACCGCUCCGAUGCCAUGUACCAGCUAGAACGACGCGCCAUCUUCUCCAAACGCUGGAUGCUACUCACCCAUUUCAGCCGAUUCACCAAACCCGGGGACUUCCUCAGUUUCACCGUCGCCGAUUUCUCCUUCUUUCUCACCAAGGAUCGCGAUGGCAAGAUCAAUGGCUUCCACAACGUCUGUCGCCACCGCGCAUACCCCAUCGUGCAGGCUCGCUCCGGGACCGCCUCGAUCCUCAGCUGCAAGUACCACGGGUGGUCCUACGGGCUGAAGGGCAACCUGUCCAAAGCGCCCCGCUUCGAGACGGUCCCGGACUUCGACAAGAGUCAAAACGGACUGCUGCCCAUCCACGUGCACGUCGACCGCGCCGGGUUUGUGUGGGUCAACCUGCAGGCGGGCGAGACCCUCGAGGUGCAAUGGCAGGCUGACUUUCAGAGCAUCGACGAGCAGCCACGCAUGCAAGACUUCGACUUUGGGGGGGAAUACACCUUCGACCACUACUGGGAGAUGGAGCUGGAGGCGAACUGGAAGUUGCUAAUCGAGAACUACAACGAGUGUUAUCACUGUGCGACCUCGCACCCACUUAUCAGUGGGGUUUCGGACCUGCCGCGAUAUCGGGUGGAGCCCACCGCCGCUUACAUGGAGCAUCAUAUCUUCAACAAGGAGAAUAGCGAUGCGCAGUUUCGCAGGGCUAUUACGUACUUUUUUCCGACGAGCUCGGUGACGGUGACCGACAAAUUCUUCUACAUUCAGCGGAUGAUUCCCUUGAGCGCGACCUCGAGCAAGAUCGAGAACGAAGUGUAUCGACAUCGAGACGCGACCGAUGAAGAGUUUGACAACAUCAAUGCAUUUUACCGGCAGGUUCUGGAGGAGGACAAAGAGCUCUGUGUUGGGGUGCAGACGAAUCUAAUUACCGGGGUGUUCAUCAACGGCGAGCUGCACCCGAACAAGGAAAAGGGCCCGAUCUACUUCCAACAGAGUCUCAAGGAGAUGGUGAUGGAACAUCGUCAGAAAGAGGAGGCCCAAGGUGGGCGAGAGAUCUGGCCCGCGCUUCCCCCCAUGACCGGCGACAUGAAAACGGAUCGAUUGGCAGAGGAGGAACGGUUUUGCUCGCAGCUGGAAGCGAGUUGCAUGAGCCGACCGGAGCUAGCCUGGUAG